AUGGCGGCGCAGGGCGCCACCUCGAGUUCUCCAUCAAACGAGUCUCCGGCAUCCGAAUCGCAGACAGAACGACCGCCCACCCCAGCCCGGACCUCGACCUCGACCGCGGUUUCGAAGUCGCCCCCGGAGUGGAAGGAGAGCUCCCCGAGCUUCCAGCGUCUCUGGACCUGCCCCGAGGAUUCGCUGCCCCUCGCCGUGUUUUAUGGGCCUCUGGACGCUAAAAACCCACUUCUGGCCUCUUGCGAGAAAGAGAUUCGCGAGUUGUUAGGUUUUAUGAAGAAAAAAAAGGCUUUAGCGACAUCGGAGGAACAGCAGUAUGAAUUCCGCCGGCGUUGUGCCACCUCUCUGUUUAAUAUCUGGACUAAAUAUGCCCCCAGGCUGCCAGCUGACUAUUACAAUGAAAAGCUCUUGAAGGUUGGAGAUAGCCUUUGUCAAAUGAAAGAAUACAAACUGGCCCUUUUACAGUGCUAUGGAAGAUACCUUCAGCAGUUCAGUACCAAUUUUGAUGAUAAUAAAGCAGAUGUGAAUAAAUUCAAAACUGUCUUUUUCCCAAAAGGCUUCAGAGAUAAAACUGCUGAACUUACAUUUCAUGCUUUAAGUGUCGAAAGUAUGUGCAACUACCAGCUGGUCUGUGACAGUGACGUAAACUUGCAGAAUAAAGAAUCUGUGAUCCAGUGUCUGCAUAUCUUGUCCUCCUUAAGGCUCAUCAUGCAGGUGGCUCUGCCACAGGAGCACCUUUGCUGGAUUAUCUUCAAUGGUACCAUUUACAUUUACACCAUUUGCAGAAAACUGAUGGCCAUAGGUCAAUCUUCCAAGGCCUUAGAAUAUCUCCUGUGGGCCAGCGUGUGUAUGGAGUCUUCAGUCCCGCUCCUGUCGCUCAGGUACCUGACGUGGAGAGCUACCCUCUACGCGGCUGUCUGCCAGUGCUACUACAACUGCCAAGCUGGUAUUCACGGAGAGGCAUUCGCUCGUCGUGCUUUAGCUAAAAUUGAUGAGUUAAGGCAACUGGAGUUAAUGAGUUCCUCACAUGAAGAAUCCAUAAGAUCGUACAGAGAGGCCACACUAAAGAUGGCAGUGAUGAUCUUCAAAAGAGGAGUCUUUGAAUCCAGAAGAAAAAACAAAGCUUUCUUUAGACCAAAGAUAAGAGUUAACCUAAGGGAAGCACAAACUUUGUCAUGGCCACGGACUGUCACAGAACGGCUGUUGGACGAGAUGUUUGAUAGCACUGCAUCCCGGUUUCUGGCUGUCUUUGAAGCUCUUUCUGAUUCAAAUAGGCGAGUACUGCAAACUGGACCUCUUGUUACAGAUGAAGUGGAGCUUCGUGAUGUUGUCUCAGAACUGUUCAUGGCAGGAAAAGAACUUUUAAUAAGUUCAAAUAUUGGUGCAGAUGGAAUACUCGCUUUUCCAAAAACAUCUCUUCUGGAACUUAUGAUAGAAAGGAAAAAUGUUAUUUCCAUGGAUGUUGCUGUGAAAUUUAUAAAAUUGGCUUUUACUUAUGAGGAGUGGAGUUUAUUUGAAUCUUCAGCAGGGCGUCUUAUUUGUUUUCUCCAGGGUGAGGAUGAUCCAGAGUCAAAGAAAGCAGUGAAGGAUUUAACUCUUCUGUUGGCAAUCGAACCACUAAUCAACAUAAAGAAAAACAAAGGUUCCAUCUUGCCUUUGGAAAACCAUAAAGAAGGACAGUCAGCUCAAAUUUAUUUAAAAAAAAUUGUUUUUCCUGAUAAUUGUUUGAAGACUUUUGGAUUUUCAGAUGAUGUUUUCCAUUUGGCAGCAACCUUGCAUUUCUGUGUCUGCACCUCUUCUCAGGAUGUCCAGCCUGACAAAGAAAUUGUCGUGGACAUAAUCAUGUUCCUAUGGCAGAAGUGCAAGUCAGGAAUUCAGCGGAUCAAUAUGUCCAGAAAUGACUAUGCAAAAUUCACCCAUAGAAUCAGUACUAACAAAUGGGUUUAUCUUCUGUGGCAGAUAAAUGAAGUAAUUCACUGUUGUAAAAUGGAAGACAUUGACAUUGUGGUAGUGGCAGAGGUCACAUUACGAUUAAGUGAAAUAUUGGAGUGUUUGGGAAGCCCAGGAAGAAAAUUUAAAAAAUCUCCAGACAUAUCUUCAAGAAAAGGGACUGAGGAAUUACUUGAGACCUCAAAAGGGAUCCCAGAAAUUCUUCCAAUAUUAAAGAAAAAACCUGAGGAACAAUUGUUUUUUGCUUAUGAACUUCUUGACAAAACAAUUGGUGGAAUGAAUUUAAAUUGCAUGUUAACUACUUUGCCAAAUGGAUCAUCAGUAAUUGACCACUGCUAUAUCAAGCACACCCACGAUGUAGCUGGAGACACUUUCAAACAACUCACAGCAAAUAGUCUCAUGAUGGAUUUGCAUCUUGAACUAAUUCAAGCUCAGCACCGAAUAGCUGUUGUACUUCUUGACAAAUUGCAAGUUUUGCAGACUCCAACUGUUAGUAAAAACAUUCCAACCAAAGGUCCAGAACAAUUAAAACAAUCUGGAAGCAUUGAUUGUUUUACAGAAUUGAGUGUAAUGAAUAAAAUAAAGAAGAAUAAACUAUCCAAAGCUAUUUACUUAAUGGAGAAAGCUCUUAUAAUAUUUGAAAAAGAUGCACCCUCUACAUCUUCAUGGAAGUUUUUGAUGGAAGCAUAUUCUUUAAUUGAGAAGAGCGAAGCAGAACAAAAUGCCCUGUAUUCAUAUCAGAAAUAUUUGGAAUGCUCAAAAAGAAAGAAAAGCAGAAUCCCUCCUCCACCCAUCCUGCUAUCCCGAACUCAGUGUUCUGUGACACUCAAACCUGCUCCAUUUAUUUCGGAUGUCAAGGUCUCCUGGUACUGCAUUUUGGGUUGUAAAGCAGAAGGAAGUUAUGGAAAAGUACGACUAAACAAUAAUCAUCUCCCAAAUUCAGGAGAAGCGAUACCAGCUGAUGGUAAAAGCAUUUUUGAAGUGAAAGGUUUAGAAACCAAUGAAAAAUACGUAUUUGCAGUUGCUGCCUAUUCUUCUGAUGGAAAACUUGUCGGUGGUGCUAUUGGGGAAACAACUAAACCAAUUCUGAUUUACCCACCUCUUUCUGCUGUUACUGCUCGGAUGUUCCUGACACAGGUUGCCUAUCAGCUUGGUAACUAUGAAUUGGCUAAGAAAGUUUUCUCACCAGUUUGGGAUUAUUUUGUUGCUUCACCACUUCAGGAUGAACAAUCUGUUAUUAGUUUAAGCAAUAUAAUGACUAUUACACAGAGAAGAUUACAUUCAGAUGUUCUGGCAGAGACUUCUUCAAUUCUUUUAUACCUUUUCCUUAGGAAUAUUUUUGUAGCAAGUGACAUUAAAAUUAAAGAAGAAAAUCUUUUCUGUGACAAUAUUAAAGGCAAUGAGAUUUUCCCCUCUCAACAAAUUGCUAGACUGGUUGAAUGUGAGAGAGUGCUGGUGGCAUUGGAACUUAGCAACUUUCUAAAUGAUUCCAGUUAUGCCCUUCAAGCUGUGACUCAAUGUUAUGGCCUCCUUGCUCCUAUAAUCUAUCACAAUAUUGUUUUGGUACCUGUUGUACAGAUCUUGAUAAAGUGCAUAGUGGUUUUGCAAGGACUACCAAAUACCAUCUACUGGAAGAAAAAUACCGCAGGUUUUGAAAGUAUACAGCACAUGAUAGCUUGUUGUAUCUUCUACAUAACAAAGAUUCUGCGUUCAUGGAAGGAGUAUGACCUGGCAGUAAUGAUUAUAAAUUAUGGGAAAAAAAUGUUGGACAUCACACCAGCGUGCAAAUCUCUAUUUAGUAAUGAUGAACAAGAAGAAAUUCCAGAGGAGGGUUCGUCUAAGAAGUCUUCAAAGACUAAGAAGCCACAGCAGAUACUGUUGCCUGAAAAAAUAAAUGAACAGCUGACGUUGUUGGAAACACACCUACUCAAACUGACAAAGCAAUAUGUUGUAGGUGAACUCUCAGGAGCAGAAGACCCUAUAUUUCUUUACCCUGUAGUUUUAAAUUGGUCAGUCAAAAAUGCCAUGAAAGAAGUUAUGAAAUUUAAGCACAGACCUAGAUUCCUGGAAUUCUUUACACAAGUUAUGCUAAAAUGCAUGAAUGAUGAAAAGUUUCACCUUGUGGUGGAGAUAACAAUUCCUGUCCAUGACUUCUUGAAAAGGAGGAAUGAGUCCCUACUUGGACUAAAAAAAAUGAAAUAUAAAGACAAUGCUUUGGGUAAAAAGGCAAACAAACCUUUGAAGAAGUUCAAAGUUGCUGUAAUAGAGUUUGAAAGAAGUGCAGAUAUAUUACAAAAAAGAAGAAAUAAAAGAAAGGAAACGCUAAGAGAUUUUUUUUCCAAAAAUCCAGCUAUUUAUGAAAUGCCAGAACAAGAAAGAAAUAAGAGAGCUGAUGUUAGAAAAGUAGCACAUCGAUGGCUGAUAGAGCUCUUGAAUCCUAUAAUAUCAAAUUUUGUUAGAAGAAGAAGGUUCCAUCAGAUAUUUCUUGAAGAGAUGCCCUGGAGAGCGCAAAUGAACCUGUAUCUGGCAAGCGCACAUUUUAACCUGCUUUUACAAAAGCUAGGGGAGCGUGUGAAAAUGAAAUUUGGCACUUCCCAUAUGAUGGUCAGUUUCCGAUCAUGUGAUCCUAAUACAUUCUCACUAUAUAAUUCAGGAACAGUAUUACCAACAGCAAAAUUGACUGUAGAAAAUUAUAAAACAAUGCUCGAUUUCCUUCUUACAGCUAAAAGACGAAGGACCAACUUACCAUCAGAUGCUGAAGAAUUUUCUACAUUUGCUAGUUCCAAAAUGAGUGAUGAACCUAUGUCCAAGACACAAACUGUUUACAAGUCAGACUCUCAAUCAGGUCUUGGUACUAAAGAAAAGGAUCGAGCGAAUUUAGAUCUAUUGGAUCAUUUUAUGAAAAUCUUUUCGUAUUGCAGGAGAGCAAUGGUUCUUGCUCAUCGUGGUGGCUAUUGGACUCUGCUUCAGAACUGCUGUCGGGCCUUUUGGAACUAUACUCAGGAGCUACAAAUACUUCUUAAACAGGCAGUGGAUCUUUAUAAAACAUUUCCUAUUAGCCAGGAUGUUUUUCUCUGUACCUCUGUUUUACCAUUUUAUUUGGGAGCAGAGUUACUUAUUGACAUGCUAAUACAGCUACAAGAUACCAAUUCUAUUAAGUCUAUUGAAGACAAAGGAGAGUUCAGUGUUCCAAGCUGUUACGGGAAUAUUAAAAACGAUAACGGUGGUUCUAGCCUUACUUUUGAGCAUCCUUUGGAUGAUGUAAAUUUGGUUGAUUUGAAAUGGAUCCAUGACUUUGUGUUAAAAUCUCUAGAAGUUUUAUAUCAAGUGGAAAAAUGGGAAACACUAGCAUCGCUUGCCAUUCAGUUCAAUACAAUUUCACAUGAGAGGUAUACAGAACAAGUGACACCACUCCUGGUAUAUGCACAGCGCCAGCUUCUUCUGAGAAUACGCAAGUUCAAGGGCCCAGAUAUUACCCAACAACCUUGUGCAAUGUAUGAGGCCGAAUAUGGAGAGAAGAUAACUUGCCGAAAUUUCAUUGGGAAGCAGCUUAGCAUUAAUUCUAAAACUAUUGAAGAAACAGAUCUAGGACACUACACGGAUUUACUAAAAACGCUUAUCUAUUCAGAAUAUAACCGAGCCAAACAGCUCGUCUGCGUGCCCGUGGAUGUGUCGGACACUUUGAGAUGUUUCAGAGAGACCCUGGAAAAAUCCAAACAUCAUAACAGAUCAACGCGGCACAGCAGAAAGUUGCUUUUGUUAUUUCUUGCACAAACACAAGAUGUUCUUCAAGCCAGCAAUCAAAGAAGUCUUAAAGUUCAGGCACUGCAUACUCUUGGAAGUCUUCUCGUCUUCGCAGAAAAGAAAAGGGCUGCUUUUAAGUGUUGGUGUCAAGCUCUUGAUGACAUAUUCAGAAAACCAGAUGUUCUACAUACAUGGAAAGAGUUUGGCACGUCACUCACCAAUGCCACCAACAGCUCUUCACCUCCAGGUUUCAAAGACUACAGUGAAGAGUUUCUGUCAAAAGUUGGCAUUUGGGGGUGUUUGCAAGGAGCAGUCAUAUCAGCAAAGAUAGCACAAUUUAUUCAGACUUCGAACGUUAAAAAAAGAACCAACUGUUGCCUUUUGUCUGCGUUACUCUUUCAGGGUUUGCUUAGAACCACACUUCUGCAUCCCAAAGCUGAACGUUGCUAUGCUCAGUACGAAAUCACUCAGCUUCUUCCAGGCAUCCACCUCUUCUCAGAUAGAUCCAGGGCUGACAUCUGCUCUGUGGUUGCAAGUCUGUAUUACGUUAUACGUGAACUGCAUUUUGUUAAGCAAAAUCUAUUAGUUCUGCCACUCCUUGCAUUAUACCAAUAUUUUGUUUCUGUAAUUUGCCAAGACCUAGUCAGAAAUUUAGAAGCAAGAAUCCUCAAGAUAGAAGUCCUUAUAGAUUUGGGAUUCUUUUCUGAAGCCUUUUAUGAGAUAAUCCAGAUUUUUUAUGGAAAAAACUUGCCUUGCUCAAUACCUGCUGGCUAUAAAGCUAUGGGAAAAAUGAAGCUAUUUCAAUCAUUUGACUCAGGAAAACCUCUCAACACUAAAGAAAAUAUACAGGCACUUGACGAAUUAAUAAAUAAAAGCUUGCCUGCAAUUCUGGUUACAAUUGGCCAACAGCAUCUCUCAAAUAAAUUUUAUUUUGUUAAAGCAUACUUUUUCAUAAGUGUGGCUGCAACAAUAAAUUGUAUUCCAGAAAAUACAUGUAAAACAGUCUCUCAUGGACUUGUUACUGACAGGAGCAAACUGAACCCCCCAAACUUGAGAGAGCUAUAUUUAAAGGAUAAUGGAGGCUUAUCUUGUCACCUUUUGAGAGAUGAGUUUGCUCUUACCACAUUAAAGUCAAUUUUACUGGCGGAAGCCGAAGACAGGCUAAACUUCCUCGUGUCAGAGAUAGAGCAUCAAGGCCACCAGAACCUCUCUCAGUGCUCUGCUGGCGAGUUGGAGAUUGUGGUAGAGGCCAGACUCCAGCUGGCUGCAGUCGCCCUGCAGAGACACCGGGCAGCCUACAGUGCAGCAAUAGUAGUUUCCACACUUCAACUUCUCCAGGAUUCAAAACUUUUUAAAAAGAAGGUAGUACAGGAUGACUCAGAGAAUCCCAUCUCUCCAGGAACAUCUAACACUGAAAAUAAAGAUGAUAAUGAGUUUUUAGACCCUAUUUCCCUAAAUGCCCGAGAAUAUUUCAACAUUCAUCUGUGGUUGAGGUGCCGCUUAGCACUGGUGACUGCGUUUGUUGCACAGAUUCGUGGCAUUGGAAUCGUGAAAGAGAACAAUAUGACAGAUGGUGUGAGCCUCAUCAAUGAAGUAUGUAUGGAGGCAAAAAGUGCAGAUGACACAGAGCUACAGGCUGAAUUCUUGAUGCAAGCUGUAGUCCUUAGCCUACAAGAAAAGCAUUUAAAGGCAGACAUCAUAACAAACCUUCAGGCUAUAAUACAUUUGCUUGAAGGAAAUGAAUUUAUUUCUCCUCGAUCUUUGUUAACCCUGGCAAGAAGUCUAGUUUUGCUGGAUGACUUAACCAAAGCUGAGAAAUUCAAGGACUCUCACUUUUUAAAAACAGAAAAAUCCAAUUUGUUGACUCAAGCUCACAACAUUCUUAUUGAACAGAUGCUAAAUUUGGGAGAAACAAUUGAAUUUCCUUUAUCAAAUACUGAAUAUGCAAAUCCAUCACAACCUUUGAAAAAUAUCUAUCUUCCUCAUGUCCUGUUAUUGGCCAAAAUAAAAAUGAGAAUUGGACAUACAGUGGCCAAGCAAGUAUUUUAUAACCAUAAAAGGAAGGACCCCUCGAGGUGGUUACCCGCUCUCCAUCUGUUUGAAAUGGCAAGGAAGCUCUGCAAGACAGCAGCAAUACAGGAACAUGAGGUGGAAGCUGAAAUCCUUUUUCAGAAAGGCAAAAUAGAACGUCAAAUACUGAUGGAAGAUAAAUCUCCAAAUUUACAAUUUGAGAGUUUAUAUGAAGCUGUACAACUAAGCUUGAAAAAUGAUCAAAACUCAGGGUUGAUAAGAGACUCCUACCUAGAAAUGGCCCUAUUAUAUUUUCAUCUGAUGAAGCCAAGGAAAAAAAUUUCAGCAUCACUAUUAACAGUUAAGCCUCCUCCCAGAAGAAGCAGUUCUAUUACAGAACCAACAGUAAGUAAAUUUGAAAUGUACAGUUCAUUGGCCUGGAUUGCGAUAAGAGCUGCCGCACAGGUCAGUGAAGCUGUGCUGGCAAUUAACCUAGUUAUUGGCAAGAAGAAUACUAGAACCGACAAAGUUAACCAGGUAGCAUUACCAAAUAUCCCAGAAUUUGCUGCUGUGGAUCUUUUGUCUUCAUAUACAGAUUAUUUGCUUGAUGACUACCAAGUUGUCUUCCAGACUUGCUGUACAUUUCUGUACCAAAAUGAUGACAUGUGUGACAACACAGAUGCUAGAAAAAAGACUCAGACCAAAGUGGAUAUUACGUGGAUCCUUCUACUGCGCUACUAUAUUCACCUUCAAAGGAUUAAUAAUAUGAGCAAACUGCUAGCAUCUGCAAUGCCGGUAUCUGGGAUUUCUUUACCAGAUGAUACACUUCUCACAUCCCUUUACAACUCUGAGUUGAUUUUGCGCCAGAAAGAAAUGCAUUGUUUCCUUAAAAAAUUCUUACAGCUGUAUUCUUCUUCUUGUAUUGAUGGAUUUCCGAAAGAACUUCUUCAAGGGUUAGAAAAUCUACCUCUUUCAGAAAAAAUCAUAUAUGAAUCAUCAGCUAAGUUAAGUCGUGACAGUUCUAUACACUCCGUUUUAUCUUUAAAGCUCCCUGCCAGCUCGUCUGGUACGGACCUGAUGUCAUCAGAAAUGGCAACACAAGCUUUAGACAAAGAACUCUGCUUUCAAUGGUACAUUCCUCCUCUGGACAAACCUCCAAAGGAAACAGAACCUAUGGUUUUAUUGCUGUAUGCAUAUAAUACGAAGCCCCUGAAGGUGGCAGAUGUUAGACAUUCCAGUUACAACAGUAUAUCUGUUGGUUCUUUAUGGUUUCCACUAAACAGAGUUAUUGCAAUUCACGAGAAGCUAUCUAAUCUUGUGCAAAUAGCUGAAAUAUCAUUGCCAGCAGCUCCUGAAAUUGCUUCGAAUGAAGAUGUAUCUGAAAUAGAAGAAACAGAAGAGAAAUCAGUAGACAAAGAAAUGGAACACAUGAUUAUUCAGUGUUGCUCUGAAAUAGUAUCUCUGUUUUUGAAUGAUAAAGAUUUAACACCACUAUCUGAGGUCCCAUUUGAUAUCUCACUUCCAUCUAUAUUCAAUCUUGAGAGACUUUUUGAUCUUGCCAAUGGUUGUAUUGUAUCAGGAGGAAGGCUUUUCAACUGGAUCGUGUCAAUUAUUCUUGAACAUCCUUUACACGACAAGAGCCCCGGCUACGGGCCGCGGCUCGCCUGGUGUCGUCAUCAGGGGGCGGGACUUCCGGCCGCCGAAGUUUAA